UUCCUCCACUGCUUCAACUUCCUUUAUCCCAACGACCCAUCAUCAAGGUAUGCACAAAAGCUUUCUCACUUUUUCCUUCUCUUUCAAACAAGUGCAACUACUCUUUGUACUGAAUCUUCUUAAUUCUUUCAUUCACAAAAUGAUGCAUAAAACUUUCUUCUUCUGAGUCAAAAUUUGAUAACAGUAACAAGAGCAGCUAUGGCUUCUUUGAAAUUGCCCAUUUCUUUGGACACUGUUGAUUCAAAGAAACUCAAUUUCUAUGUAAACCCAUCUCAUGUACCUGAUCAUUGCUCCAUUUUUUCAUUCACUAGUUGUAUACAUGUUACAAAAGCUGCUUCUAAUCUCACUUCUCUGACUAGGCUUAAGCAUUUCAAAGUCUCACGCUUUGAAACUGAAUUCCCCAACAUUCCUGAGCCAAGCCCAGUCGACAAAGAUAUCCAUUUUUCUUCUAAAAUUCAUUUAGUGAAUGAAAACCCAAAAUUUGUUGAGGGCCAAAAAGGUCAAAACCCCAAGAAAGGGAUUAGAAAAAAUGUGGGUUUCAAGUUUCGUUUCAGAAGGAAUAGAAAUGAAAUAGAAAGAGAGGAUCUUUUUGUACAUAAUAAUAGUGGCUUGGAUGUUGAUUACUCUGCUAUUAAGCCUAACUUGAACUUGCCGCAUUGUAAUUUUAUAUUGAAAAGACUUGAGAGGUCUAAUGAUAGUAAUGCUUUGAGAUUUUUUGAGUGGAUGAGGAGCAAUGGGAAAUUAAAGGGAAAUGUGACUGCCUAUAGGUUGGUUCUUCGAGUGUUGGGUAGGAGAGAAGAUUGGGAUGCAGCGGAAAUGAUGUUAAGGCAAGCAAAUGGUGAUUCAGGUUGUAAACUUAAUUUUCAGGUUUUCAAUACGAUUAUAUAUGCGUGUUCUAAAAAGGGGCUUGUGGAAUUGGGGGCAAAGUGGUUUAGGAUGAUGCUGGAACAUGGGUUUCGGCCAAAUGUUGCCACUUUUGGCAUGCUUAUGGGACUUUACCAGAAGGGUUGGAAUGCUAGCGAGGCAGAGUUUACAUUCUCACAGAUGAGGAAUUCUGGCAUUGUUUGUCAAUCUGCAUACUCUGCGAUGAUCACGAUAUAUACACGCUUGAGUUUGUAUGACAAGGCAGAAGAUAUUAUUGGCUUUAUGAGAAAAGAUAAAGUGAUAUUGAAUCUCGAAAAUUGGUUGGUGAUGCUUAAUGCCUAUAGUCAACGGGGCAAGUUAGAGGAGGCUGAGCAGGUAUUGGUCUCAAUGCAAGAAGCAGGCUUUUCUCCAAAUAUUGUUGCAUAUAAUACACUGAUCACAGGGUAUGGGAAAUCAUCUAAUAUGGAUGCUGCUCAACUUGUAUUCCUGAGCAUCCAGCAAGUUGGAUUAGAACCUGAUGAAACAACUUACCGUUCAAUGAUUGAGGGCUGGGGACGAGCUGACAACUAUAAGGAAGUUAAAUGGUAUUACAAGGAGCUCAAACAGCUGGGAUUCAAGCCUAACUCUUCCAACUUGUACACGCUAAUAACUUUGCAAGCAAAGCACGGGGAUGAAGAGGGUGCCACUAAAACACUUGAUGAUAUGCUCAAGAUGAGGUGUCAACAUUCUUCAAUCCUUGGUACUGUUUUGCAAGCAUAUGAGAGGGUUGGGAGGAUUGAUAAAGUACCUCUCAUCUUAAUUGGGUCUUUCUAUGAACAUGUCUUAAAGGAUCAGACUUCUUGUUCCAUUCUGGUCAUGGCUUAUGUGAAAAAUGGAUUAGUGGAUUAUGCAAUUAAAGUAUUGGGGAGCAAAAAAUGGAAGGAUCCAGUUUUUGAGGAUAACCUGUAUCAUUUAUUAAUUUGCUCUUGCAAGGAGCUGGGUGAUCUUGAUAAUGCUGUUAAGAUAUUUUCUCAAAUGCCUAAUGCUGAAAUCAAGCCAAACUUGCAUAUAAUGUGUACAAUGAUUGACAUUUAUAGUGUCAUGGGUCACUUCACUGAAGCAGAAACACUCUAUUUGAAGUUGAAAUCCUCAGGAGUUGCCUUGGACAUGAUUGGCUUUAGCAUAGUUGGAAGAAUGUAUGUUAAAGCUGGAUCUUUAAAAGAUGCUUGCAGUGUUCUACAAAUCAUGGAGAAGCAGAAAGAAAUUGUCCCAGACAUUUAUCUGUUCCGUGACAUGCUCAGAAUCUAUCAAAAGUGCAACAUGAAGGAUAAAUUAGCAGAACUUUACUAUAAAAUUUUGAAGAGCGGAGUCACUUGGGAUCAAGAAAUGUAUAACUGUGUCAUUAACUGUUGUGCACGUGCCCUGCCAGUUGAUGAGCUUUCUAAGAUUUUUGAUCGGAUGCUUCUGCAUGGUUUUGGCCCUCAUACUAUCACCUUCAAUGUCAUGCUUGAUGUUUAUGGUAAAGCCAAACUUUUCAAGAAGGUCAAGAAACUAUUCUGGAUGGCAAAAACUCGAGGAUUGGUGGAUGUAAUCUCUUACAAUACUGUUAUAGCUGCCUAUGGUCAAAAUAAGGACUUAAAGAAUAUGUCAUCAACUGUUCGAGAAAUGCAAUUCAAUGGUUUUUCAGUUUCCCUUGAAGCCUACAAUUGUAUGUUGGACACGUAUGGAAAAGAUGGCCAAAUGGAGAAAUUUAGAAGUGUCUUGCAGAGGAUGAAGGAAUCGAAUUGUGCUUUGGACCGCUAUACAUACAACAUUAUGAUCAAUAUUUAUGGAGAACAGAGAUGGAUUGAUGAAGUUGCUGCUGUGUUGACCGAACUGAAAGAAUGUGGACUAGGACCUGAUCUCUGCAGUUAUAACACAUUGAUAAAGGCAUAUGGAAUUGCUGGAAUGGUUGAAGAUGCUGUGGGUUUGAUUAAGGAAAUGCGAGAAAAUGGGGUAGAGCCUGAUAACAUAACUUACAACAAUUUAAUCACUGCAUUACGAAAGAAUGAUAAGUUCUUAGAGGCUGUUAAGUGGUCAUUGUGGAUGAAGCAGAUGGGAAUGUGAACUGCAGAAGGUGGACCUACAUAAUCUUUUUGCUUCUGUCAUUUCACAUCCAAACUCGUCUUGGAAUUCUACUUAAACAUUUCCCAGCUCUGUGGAAGCUUGAAGCGAAACCAGCUAUUCUGAAACUGGUAAGCAGACGCCAUUGGAUGCUUGGAGGAUUCUUGCAGAUGCCACUACCAUGGAAUGGAGUGCGAAGAAGUGAAAAGCUGUGUAUUUGAAGCCAGUUUGUGGAAGUGAAAAUAUCAAAUAAACUCAAAUGAGGGAGCAAGCAAAGUCAAGCCAACAAGAAGAAGAUAGAGGUGGGUUUGUCCUCAAUUCUACUUCACCAAGAAUAUUAGCUUCGGGCACAGUAGUUAGUGUUCAUUGACAAGGCAUGCUACUCCGUGAAACAAACUGGGGUAUCAUCAUCCAAUUAUGGUUGGAUUUGUUGGUUCAGAAUGUUGGUUUCUCGAUCAUUUUUGCAGCCAUACUUCUGGUUUACAAAAUAUUUGUACUAUUAGAUACAGGAAAGCAUACCGCAUCAUACCUCUUUUUCUCUUUAUUACAUGUAAUAUUUGUUUGUAUCAGCUGAAUAAAAGUCUCUCAGAUAAUAUCUGAUUUCACGUAUCAA